AUGCCACCCAUAGGACCUCCUUCUGGCGUCGGGGGUAAGGAUACUGGGCUGCUGACUCAGGAUCACGAUGGAUCAGCACCAGGCGGCACGGGGCCGACACCUGACCCAGGAAGGCUGGCCUUAUUUGCGGAGAAUAGAGAGAGACAAGCCCGAAACUCGUUGAGGAAUGUUCGGAGGAAGGGCGGAGAAGUAGACGUUAGCGACGACGAGUCGCUACAUAUGCUAGAUGGGUCCGAUGACGCCGAACUCCAGCCUGAAGAGGGGGAUGACGCUCCGGGGGAGCCAUCUGCGCCAGCUACGAGCGGGCCCUCGCGACCUAAGACGCCAGAGCAAGAUAGCAGAGCCCUUCUAGCCGAGGUAAUGAAAAUGACGCCAAAAGGGCGCGGGAUCGCAUUGGAGAUGUGGAAAGCCGGCGCCGGUAGAGGCAUAGGAGCACGAGAAGAUAAGUCUUCUGAGAGCGAAGCGAAGGGCACACUAAUCAGUGAGGCAUCGGAGAAACAGGCAGACUUAUUCGAGUCUCGUCUCGUCGAUGCGCACCCUCAACUUAUCGCACUGCUUGCCAACGGAUUCCACCUUCCUCUCUCAAUGUGCACGACAUCAUCCAUCCGGGAGAUGCACAAGCAUCCGGAAAAGAUCAGAUACCGUAAGAUGCACGAUGGCCAGGGAUCAAAGAGGGAGCUGAUAGACAUCACGGCGUGGCGCGCUGAGGACUCCCUGCAGCCAGAAGAAUGGCGGGAUGCAUGGCGCAACUACAUGGAGAUUCUGCCGCAGGUCUGCGAGCCAGCGAUCACCAAGCGCCUGCUAGAGCACUUCCUGUGGCUCUGUGAGUUGGACGAGCUCAACACCAUGUUCGCGGUGAUCCUCGAGUUCGACAUCGAUGUUCGCCGUGGAUACUGGCUAUCGAAGAAAAAGUUCACGGUUGCAUCCCCGAGCUAUCAGGCCCACUUUCUUAAGGUCCGUCUGCAGCAUCUUGAGCGGCGCUCACCUGUCGUAUCACAUACAAGCACCCCACACACGCCGUUUACGCCGUACACGCCCUCGGGCGCAUCUGCCUCUAACUCACGGCGCGGACGCAGUGAAGGUGUGACCGACACGCCCGCCAAGCCCUUUCGCGAGGGCAAAGCACCCAAUCCCGCUGGGGUGCUUUGCCUCAUAUGCAGUGAAAGCGGUCACCGCGCCAGCAGUUGCGGACGCACCACAUUCCCGAGCGGCAAGCCCACAUUCUCUGUCUGGUCAGACAAGAAGCUCGUUGCCAUGUCCUCACGCGCCGAGCUCUCGGACACCGGUGCUCGUUCUGUGGUUCCGACGGUCAUGCCGCUUCAUCUAAGCGGUGCCUCGGAGCGUGAUCGUGUUAUCACGCCUUACAACGCCGACACCUUCGAGUCGACACUUCUUGCGCUCGGCCCUCUUGAUCGCUAUCCUAUGUUACCCAGAAAAUUACGGUAUGGCUUUCCUAUCGGCAACUUUGACACACUUUCGCGCACGGUCUCACCGGCCAAUCAUGCCUCUGGCUCCGAACACAUCGAUUUCAUCCGACAGUACAUCGCAGAACAAGUAUCUCUUGGUCGCAUGACCGGUCCGUACUCUCGACCCAAUGUCGAGCGUAUUUUAGGAUCCUUCUUUAUGUCCUCUCCUCUUGCUGUUGUGCCAAAGGCAGGCUCCAAAAAGUUUCGACUCGUACAGAACUGCUCUUAUCAGGACGAGUUCGGGAUUUCAGUGAACAGUUAUAUUAACUCUGACGAUUUCCCCACGAAGUGGGGCACAGCCGCUGAAGUAGCCGAAAUCAUCGUCAAUGCACCCGCUGGUGCGCAGGCUGCAUGUCUCGACAUCGACUCCGCGUUUCGCAACCUGCCUAUUCAUCCAGCACACAAACCUUUCCUCGUCAUUCAGUGCGACCCCGGUGACUUCUACAUCGACCAUGUUCUCCCCUUUGGUGUCUCAUCUGGCACAGGUGUGCAGGGAGAACCGAUGGAUGCCAUCGUCGACAUUUUGGAAGCACACGGGAUUGGGCCGUCACGAAAGUGGGUUGACGACCUGAUCAACUUUCGCUUUCCAAUUCGUACAGACCCCGCUUCGGGUGCACAUGAGUAUGCGUACUCGCUCCCCGACAUCUUUCGCAUCACCGACCCUCUCGGUGUCCCCUGGCAUCAGACCAAGUGGUCCGAUUAUGCAACACGGGCCACAUAUAGCGGUUUUCUUUGGGACCUCGCAGCGCGGAAGGUAUCGCUGCCACCAGAGAAGCGAGAUAAGUACUUGGCAAAACUAACCACAUUUAUCGCGGCAAUCGAGAAGGGACGCGUGUCACAGCGAGAUGCGAUGUCGAUCAACGGCACACUCUCACAUAUCACGUUCGUAUAUCCUCAUGGUCGCGCCUUCCUCACGAGCCUCUGCAACUUCAUCGCCUCCUUUCACAAUCCAUACGCACCUCGCUAUGCUCCACACUCUGUCCUUUCGGAUAUGAAGUGGUGGCUUUCUAUACUGAGCAUACCAGAUGUGUGUCGUUCCCUCUCAUCUCGUGGCCCACUUCAAGACCUUGGCAUAUGGGUUGAUGCCUCCUCCAGCUGGGGGGUUGGCAUCAUCAUUGCCGGCGAGUGGAGUUCUUGGCGUUGGUGUGGUGAACCCGGAGUCUGGAAGUGCAAUGGUCGCGACAUCGGUUGGGCGGAAAUGGUCGCCGUCGAACUUGCCGUCCGCACAAUUGAGUGCCUCGGGCAACAAAAUGCGCACAUCCUGAUCCGCGGGGACAACAAGGGCGUGGAAGGCGCAUUUGCUCGCGGUCGCAGCCGCAACUUCCAGGUCAACAGUUCCAUUCGCCGCACCGAGGUCAUCGCCAUGGCCCUGAAUAUCCUAUUCACUGUACAGUACGUCAACACCAAGGACAACUUGGCAGAUCCGAUGAGCUUGCACCCUUCCUUGUUGUUGUCUGACAUGCCUCGUAUCAUCUCUGCGCCCGCACGUGCGAGCGCGCCGUCUCAGUGUGGGGGGUCCAGUUCUGCCGAGGCUGCGGCUGACACUGGCCCUUCGUCGCGAAUGCUGACUCGGCGAAAACCUCGACAGCCCCGUUCCGGAAAUCAAAUCACUCCUUCUCUCUUUCGCCCACAUGUCCUUGCGCGUGAUCGUCUUGCUCUCUGGUCCACACCUCACGCUGUCCGCUUUCGAUCUGCUCUCGCUACGAAACUUUCUUAUGCCGCUACUAUACAAUUAUUCGAUGUAAUGCUCUCCUCCCUUGACGCCAGCACUCGAAAAAAUUACGGUGCUGGCCUGCUGCGAUUCACUCAAUUUUGUGACUGCCUCGGCAUCUCCGAGGAUUUACGCAUGCCUGCCCCUGAAGCGCUUGUUGCGGCCUUUGUGGCACAGUGGAGCGGCCGCAUUGCGCGCUCAACGGUGGACACCUGGAUGGCCGGCCUUGCCUUCUGGCAUGCUCUGCAUGGUGCACCAUGGUCCGGUGGCAAGAUGUUAAGAGUCACCUGCUCUGCUAUCUCGAAGACUGCACCCGCCGCGAAGGAGAAGCGUGCCCCAGUCACCAUCGAGCACCUGUAUGCAUUGCGGUCACACCUUGACCUAUCAAACUCUUUCGAUGCCGCCGUAUACGCCGUGGCCUGCGUUGCGUUCUGGUGCUGUCGACGACUCGGUGAGCUGGUCAUACCCUCCGCUGGUACCUUUGACCCAUCCAAGCACAUCGCGCGCUCCGCACCGAUCACAUAUCGCACGUUGCCUGGUGGCAUCGAGUACGCCGUCUUUCACGUACCGUGGACAAAAACGACAAAGCAACUUGGCGCGGACAUUAUCGCAACUGAACUCGGUGACCCCAGUUCUGCCGUUAUUGCGCUGCGACACCACCAGCAGGCAAACGCCAAAGUGCCCGCGCACGCCCCGCUAUUCUCCUUCGAGACCACCGACUCCACCGGCUGGGCCCCUAUGACGCGCGAUUGGUUCCUCAACCGAUGCAACCAAGUCUGGUCCACGGCGGGCUUCGAGCACCUUACCGGCCACUGCUUCCGCAUCGGCGGCGCCACCGAGCUGCUCCUGCGCGGCACUCACCCGGAUGUUGUCGCUACCCAGGGGAGCUGGAAGUCACGCGCGUUCCUGGAGUACUGGCGCAAGAUCGAGUCUAUUCUCCCAUUGUUCAUCUCCCAGUCAUUCUCGUCAUCUCGUAUGCAGCUGGCUACUGAAGCCAUGGACUCCUUUAAGAAAAAGCAUUCCCUGUAA